AUGGCGCCAGAGAAGAUGCCUACCGAGCUUUUUGAAGCCAUCAAGGAGAUCAAAAGCAUAUGCGAAGCUCCUGAAUCCAAGUCUCAAUACUUCGAUUAUGGUAGCCAAGGAUACAAAAACUCUAUCAGACAUUAUCUUGCAAGCAGCAGCGAGGUCGCACAACUAGCCGUUCAACCUGGAAGUGUGCAGGAUCUUCGCAAGAUUGUAAACGUUCUGAAGAAACGCAAAGUCCAGUUCGCUGUCAAGGGUGGUGGCCACGGUAUGGCACCCGGAUACAGUUCGACAACCGGAAUCCUCAUCUCGAUGAUACAUUUCUCCAAAGUAAAAUACAACCCCCAAACCCAGCUCGUCGAAAUCGGUUCCGGAUGUCUUUGGGACCAAGUCUACAGUGUGCUUGCUUCCACCGGACGCAACAUCGUUGGAGGUUCCUCCUCGAAUGACGGUGUGGGCGUAGGCGGUUGGAUGCUUGGUGGCGGCUACUCACUGAAAAGCAACCGUCACGGCCUUGGGACUGACAACCUUGAUUCAAUCGGCAUCGUCACUCCUGAUGGGCGUUCACUCAAAGCCAGUGCGGAUCCGGGAAGUAAAUAUCACGAUCUAUUUCAAGCUCUGCGUGGCGGGAAUAACAACUUCGGAAUCGUCACCAAGUUCACUUUAAAAACCUUCGCCCAGAAUUCCGCUUACGGAUGCUAUUUCUUGAUAUCCGGCAAGCGCGAAAAAGGUUUCAAAGAUGCCAUGGUCGAUUUUGUCAACAACGAGGAGAGACAAGAAGCCUGUGUUGUAGCCGCAUUCAGACAUGAGCUUCAUCUGGAAAAUCCAGAUUUAUUAAUUAGUAUGAAUUAG